AUGGUUGGGUUGGAAGGAACCUUAAAGACCAUCCAGUUCCAGUGCCCAAAUACAGAUUCUGCCUCUUCUUUGGUUCCUCAUAGAAAUAUAGGUUCUCCCUCUUGGAUAAUCUGUGUGAUAAAGUUUCUCCAUAGGAAUCAUCUUGGAUGCAUUGUCAGAGCAAGAUGUUUGGAAAAGGGCUCCGAAAAUGAAAUGAAAGCGUCAGCAGUGGUGGGGUCAGGUUGGGCUCCGGGAGCGCCGUAAUGAGAACCCGCUUUGCUGCGUAACAAACGCCGUCGUUGUUUUAGUUGCUCGUUAGUUAAUGUUGUUCUAAUGAGGCUCCGCUAAUGGCAUCAUCUGACAUUGGGCAAAAAGAAGGUUGGGGGAGAACCCGAGUUAAAAAGAGCCUAAUUAGCAAGUUAAUUAUAGCAGGCCAGGAAACGGCCCGGUUAUAUAAAUCAGCUUUUGUUACGCACACACGGUAAAAACCGCUCUGAGCUCGAGGACAGAAGCGGGGUUGGAGGUGGGAACGUCACACAGAGCUGGGGUUCCUGAGCCCAAAGGGAGCCCAGGAGCCUCCUGCUGCCUCACUUUCCCUGCCUCCUUCCCCCGGAGCCGCAAUAGGAGCCGCCGGCACCCGCAGCAUGCCGAACAAGAAGAAGUACAAUGUCGAUGGCGAUGCAGGGAGGAAAGCCCAGAUCCAGUUUGCCGACCAGAAGCAGGAGUUCAACAAGCGCCCGACCAAAAUUGGCCGCCGCUCGCUGUCCCGCUCCAUCUCGCAGUCGUCGACGGACAGCUACAGCUCAGCCGCCUCCUACACCGACAGCUCCGACGAUGAGACCUCCCCCCGGGACAAGCAGCAGAAGAACUCCAAAGGCAGCAGCGAUUUCUGCGUGAAAAACAUCAAACAGGCGGAAUUUGGGCGUCGAGAGAUCGAAAUCGCCGAGCAAGAAAUGCCUGCACUGAUGGCGUUGAGGAAGAGAGCUCAGGGAGAGAAGCCGCUGGCCGGGGCCAAGAUCGUGGGCUGCACACACAUCACAGCCCAGACAGCGGUCCUGAUGGAGACCCUGGGUGCACUGGGGGCCCAGUGCAGGUGGGCUGCCUGCAACAUCUACUCCACCCUCAACGAAGUGGCUGCUGCCCUCGCCGAGAGCGGAUUCCCUGUCUUCGCCUGGAAAGGAGAAUCUGAAGACGACUUCUGGUGGUGCAUCGAUCGCUGCGUCAACGUGGAGGGGUGGCAGCCCAACAUGAUUUUGGAUGACGGAGGAGAUCUCACUCACUGGAUCUACAAGAAGUAUCCCAACAUGUUCAAGAAGAUCAAGGGGAUCGUAGAGGAGAGCGUCACCGGAGUGCACAGGCUCUACCAGUUGUCCAAAGCAGGGAAGCUCUGCGUCCCAGCCAUGAAUGUCAACGACUCAGUGACAAAGCAGAAGUUUGACAACCUCUACUGCUGCAGAGAGUCCAUCUUGGAUGGCCUGAAGAGGACGACAGACAUGAUGUUCGGGGGGAAGCAAGUGGUGGUGUGUGGCUAUGGGGAGGUGGGCAAGGGCUGCUGCGCGGCACUGAAGGCCAUGGGCUCCAUCGUCUACGUGACCGAGAUCGAUCCCAUCUGUGCCCUGCAGGCCUGCAUGGAUGGGUUCCGGCUCGUGAAACUCAACGAAGUCAUCAGACAGGUGGACAUUGUCAUCACCUGCACAGGCAACAAGAACGUGGUGACCAGGGAGCACCUGGACCGGAUGAAGAACAGCUGCAUCGUCUGCAACAUGGGGCAUUCCAACACUGAGAUUGACGUGGCGAGCCUGCGCACACCUGAGCUGACCUGGGAGCGGGUGAGGUCCCAGGUGGACCACGUUAUCUGGCCAGAUGGGAAGCGAAUAGUGCUGCUGGCGGAGGGCCGCCUGCUGAACCUGAGCUGCUCCACAGUGCCCACCUUCGUGCUGUCCAUCACUGCCACCACGCAGGCUUUGGCUUUGAUAGAGCUGUACAACGCUCCUGAAGGUCGCUACAAGCAAGAUGUGUACCUGCUGCCUAAGAAAAUGGAUGAGUACGUGGCGAGCCUCCACCUCCCAACGUUCGACGCGCACCUGACAGAACUCACGGAUGAACAAGCCAAGUACCUAGGGCUGAACAAGAACGGGCCCUUCAAACCCAACUACUACAGGUAUUAAGUUCCUGCCGCUGUAGCCACGAGGAACAGAACCCAAAUCCUUUCUCAACUACUGUACAGGAUGAAGCAGCGCAAGCUUGCUACGCUCGAGCCGGGCUUGCUCUCGUAGUAGACCGUGUGUUAGGUUAUUUAUUUAUUGAAUUAGAGUUCUGUGCGCGGCUCUGCCUCGUGUUCGUGCUGCCGCGGACUGGGAGACGCUCCGUUUCUUCCCCUUCGUUUCAUUUCUCUCUUUUUGGUCGUUCCCGUUCGGGGCUGUGUGAGGAUGAGGGCGAGGAAGGAGCUGGUGGGGUGGGGACUCCCCGGCCCUGGCGCUGCGCUGCUGCUCCGUUCCCAGUGCCAAGCUAUGCCGUGAACCAAAGUUUCCUUCCUGCUGCUCGCGCUGCUCCGAAUCACGGCCGGAGCGCAACGGCCGACGGCGUCCACGCGAGGUCCUCCGCAGCCUCAGUGGGAACACGUGGAGUCUGAUUUCCCGGUGACAUUCCUCCACCAGAUCCAUCAAACCCCCCUUUGGGCGGAGGAGCCGUCCGCGCCCCAUGGGUGCGGAGUUGGGAAUUGCGAUAACUUGCCAUUGGAGCCGAUGGAGGUUGGCCAAGCGUUGGCCACAAAGCGGAGCUCCAGGGCGGCGUCCCAGCGCUCCACGUCCCAUCGGCACCGCUCGAUCCGAGCAAUUCCGAAAGAAUCCUUCGCCAGCCUCUGGUCGCUGCCCCGCCGCAGGUCCUCGCGGUGUCCUCAACGUCGCUCACGCACAAGAAAGGAAGAACUGUGGAACCGCCGCCCCGCGGCCACGUCCCGCAGCUCACAGUUCUCCCUGCUCCAGAACUGUGUCCCGAUGUGAGAUCUUGGGAAGAGUCCUCGGAGCUGUUGGAGGUUUUGUGUUGGGGGCAGCACUGGGCUGAGCACCCCCACACUGAGCGUCCGUGCGCUGAGCGUUCCUACGCUGAGCAUCCCAACACUGACCGUCCCUACAUGGACCAGUUUCCCAACGCUGAGCAUCCACACAUUGAGUGCCCCAGCGCCGAGCUCUGGAUUCCCACGUAGAGCUCAGCACCCCAACCAUGAGCUCAGCAUCCAUACGUGGAGCUCAGCAUCCCAUUAUGAAGCACCCCAUCCGUAUGUGGAGCUCAGCACCCCAACCAUGAUCUCAGCACCCUAACAGUGAGCUCAGCACCCAACAUGGAGCUCAUCAUACCAACAAUGAGCUCAGCAUCCCUAUAGUGAGCUCAGCACCCCAACAGUGAGCACCCAACGUGGAGCUCUGGAUCCCAGCAUGGAGCUCAGCACCCCAGCCAUGAGCUCAGCACCCCAGCCAUGAGCUCAGCACCCCAACCUGGAGCUCAGCACCCCAGCCAUGAGCUCAGCACCCAAUAUGGAGCUCAGCACCUCAACCUGGAGCUCAGCACCCCAGCCAUGAGCUCAGAACCCAACAUGGUGCUCAGCAUCCAACAUGGAGCUCAGCACCCCAACCAUGAGCUCAGCACCCCAUGAUGAAGCUCAGCAUCCCAACAUGGAGCUCUGGAUCCCAGCAUGGAUCUCAGCACCCAACGUGGAGCUCAGCACCCGACACUGAGCUCAUCGCUGCCCCAGGAUCGUCUCUCCCGGCAGCUGUGCCAAUUUAUUAAGCCCUGAUUUAUUUUCCAGGUGACAGGACAAAAAAAAAAAAAAAAAUAAAAAACAAAAAAAAAAAAAAAAAAAAAAAAAAAGACCCCCAAAAUAGCCCCACCUUUUCCCACCUCUAUUUUUAAAGUUCUUCUCCGUGUCAUUCUGCUUCUCCUGUCAGCUUUUCCGCUUGCUUGGCUUUUCCUGAUCAAUCUGGAAUUAUAAUAUUCUGUGAUCAUCUCUAAAUUAAAAUGUGUAAUUUUUUUUUCUUCUUUUUUUUUUAACGUAACACAUUUUUAAAGAUUUAGGAAAAGGAGAUUUAGGUAACACCAGCAAAAUCGCUUAAGGAAAAUAAUUCAGUUCUGAUCUUUAGAAACAAAUGAGACAAACCCAUCAUCAUCAUCAGCUGCAGUGAGGGCAGCAAAACUUGGAGAACAUUUUCAAAAGGAUGUUUUAAUUAUUGAUGUCUGAGUGAUUGUAUUAGAGCAGCAAUAAAGACUCUGUAAUCUCAAAACAGAAAUAAAACAUUGGAAAACCGA